ACGGGAUGGACCGCCACUCUGCUUGGCUAACAGCUCGGCGUCCUGCUUUUCCUACCCUUUUAAUCUGGCACACCUAAUUCUAUAGUCUUGUAAGCCUUAUAAUUCAUUUUUUGUUUCACCAAUCAUCCCAAUGGACGAUUAUUUCUAUUCAUUGGCUUCGGACAAAAAAUGGUGGAUCAACGGACGAAAGGAGAAACAAAAGCGGUCUCGUCAACGGUAGGGAGAGCAGCGUUGCAGAGACGAACAUCGUCACUCGCAGAUGCGACCACCGCUGCGCAUAAAAAAGGUGGACACUUUGUUUCAGCUAAGCCCAACAAGGCGGUGCCACUCAUGUCCAAGUGCAGGAUUUUGAUUUUGGAUUACUAUGACUCGUACACCUACAACCUGGUCGAUUUGGUCCAAGGUCUCACUGGAGAGGAACCUGUGUGCGUCUUGCAUGACCGCCUUUUCGAGACAGCUGCGAAGCAGCUAGGAUCCGACACGAGAGACCUAGAGGUAAAGGUUGGAAUACUGGAAACUUUCUUAACGCGCAACUUCGAUGGAAUCAUCUUGUCGCCAGGCCCUGGGAGUCCCGAAGAGUACCUUUACCGGAGUACUUGUUCGCAUUCGACGCGUAAAAAGAUAAGAACUGAAGAGGUUGGUGGAGGGCGUUUUUACAUCAACGGCGAACGGGAAUGCGAAGCGACGCCUCAAACAACGACGACACAAGCGGUGUUGGACAUUGCUGGGAAGCACCAUAUUCCGCUGCUGGGUGUCUGUCUGGGACAGCAGAUUCUCUGUGUUGCACACGGCGUCCCAGUCAGGAAAGUGGAGCCGGCGCAUGGCAUCGUUGACAAAAUCCAAGUUGUAAAGCAAUGCACAGCUGCCUCAGGGAGCAAGUAUGGGAAUGGAUAUUCGUUAGAGAAACAGAAAAUACCCAGGGCUAAUCAUGAAGACAAGGAAGAGUAUUCUGUGGAGCAGGAGCUGCCACAACUAUUCGCUCACUUUCCGCUUACGGUGAAUGUUGUACGUUAUCAUUCCUUGGCCGCGAAAAUAGGUCCCGACGUUUCAGUCGAAGGACUCGAAAGUAGUACAACACGGCAAAAUAUCGAAGUGUUGGCGACGACGUCGGAUGGGGAACUCCUUAUGGCCAUGAAGGUGCGUGGGAAGCCGCAAUAUGGCGUUCAAUUUCAUCCAGAAUCCGUACUGACCGAAUGGGGCGCCUGCAUCCUCAGCAACUGGAUCAACAUCGUUUCGAUCGAAAGAAAUUCAAGACCACAACAGAAAAACCCCUGGUGGCGCGGAGAUAAGAAAGACGAUGCACGGAGUGUGAAAAAUCAAAAUGGUCAACAUGCUCCUGAAAAGACCUCGGUGCCUGCCUUGUUGCGUGACCCACGCGAUACUGCGCCGCAGCUUUUUGUUCAGAAGAUGUGCAUACCGCAACAUUUCGAUGUGGAGCAGUUUUUUCAACGCUCAGUGGCCGCUUCUGGCGAUCGCGAUGGUAUGUCAAACGCAAAGCCCAGCUUCUGGCUCGACAAUGUUCGAGGAGAACAGGACGGAUCCGGUUUUUCCUUUAUGGGCGGCGGGAAGCUCGUAAGCCGUUUGCAGGACCUUGUGCAGAUGGAUGGCAAGUGUGAUACGAAUAGCACGACUCCUACUUCUCCUUUCUCAUCGCAAAGCAGCGAAGAUGAGGAAUAUUUCAAUGAGGAAUAUUUCAUCCACUACUAUCGUUCUACCGGUUACGUCUCUGUUUCCAAGUCGUCGGCCUAUGCUGUCGAUGGAGAACCGAAAAGCGGCGUCGAUCCAAGCGACGAGCAGCAUGAAAGUGGACGAGCUGGAGGUCGCGGAGUAGAGACCCAAACCAUACCCCUGCGUACAAAUGAGACCUUAUUGGAUUGGUUUUCAGACUUUUGCGAGCGCACGAGCGCUUUAGAGGAACCAGUGAUUCAAAGUGAGAAUAUGACAACAUUACCGUUUGAUUUUCGAUGCGGCUUUGUCGGGUAUUUUGGUUACGGUCUACGCAGGGAGACGCUAGAUGGUUACAGCAAGGAAGAUGAAAUAGACACAGUCGUCGAGAAGAACCACAAAGCGGGUUCGAUGAAUGAUGAUGACAGCAGGCCUCCUGCUGAAGCCCCUGAAGAUCAUGGGGGAUAUCCAGACGCCUAUUGGUACUAUGCUACGCACUGUAUUGUCCUAGAUCACGCCGAUCAAAGCCUCUACUUGCUCUCGAAAGAUCACCCGUAUCCACCAGGAACGCUUACGAGGCUGGUCGCAUCGUCCGUAGAUUUGCCUAAACACAAGUUUCCAUCGAAAGCAGAGGCGACUUUGCCCGAAACGUCUGCUACAAAAUCCAAAGAGCUGCAACCUGAAAUUCGAAUGCAGCCUUUGCUGAAUCGGCAUGAGUAUGAAGCGCAAGUGCGUGCCUGCAGAGAGCAUUUGCUAGCGGGUGACAGCUACGAACUGUGUUUCACCACAGAGUGGCAGAGCGAGGAGAGUGCUUGUUCUCUUGCUGAUUCUAGUUCUGGUUCUGAUCUUUCAUCAAAUCAAACUUCUAGUGGUCAAGACAAUCGUGACGUUUUCGCUCUUUACCGCGGCCUCCGAUCCCGCAACCCAGCUCCCUACGGCUGCUACUUGGAAGUGCCUCUACCUGAUGCUGGUGUUGACCACAACGAGAGCCCCAAGAACAAGAAGGUAUUGCAUGUUUUAUCCAGCAGUCCUGAGAGGUUUCUCAAAGUCGACCGUCUGGGUUGGGCAGAAAUGAAGCCGAUCAAAGGAACAGUGAGGCGUGGCGAUACGGUAGAAGAAGACGAAGCGCUACGAACAUGGCUUCAGUCAGAUGUGAAGAACAGGGCUGAAAACCUGAUGAUAGUAGAUUUGGUACGUCAUGACCUGCGGAAAAUAUGUCACGGAGGUAGUGUGCAUUGUCCGAACCUGAUGCAUGUCGAGAGCUACAAAACCGUACACCAGUUAGUAAGCACGGUGCGUGGAAAAUUGAAAAAUCUAAAAAAUCGAGAAGUCUUUGAGAAGCCAAAGAGCAAGCUUGAGAAAAGCGCAGUCCAAAUCGAAGAUGACGCUAAGCAGGAACAUGUGGAUCUUUUCGGGUGUAUUCAAGGGUCUUUUCCGCCUGGUAGCAUGACGGGAGCACCGAAGAAACGUAGCUGUGAGCUGUUAGAUCGGUUAGAGAAGUCGGAACGCGGGAUCUAUUCGGGAGCCCUGGGUUUUCUAGGUCUCGGACACACAUGCGAACUCUCUGUAGUGAUUAGGACUCUCUUUGUGGAAAGCGAAAUUGACGUGACAAACAACAGUAGCAGGUCCAUUUCAAAGGUGCGCUUGAAUGCUGGAGGUGCAAUUACCGUUUUAUCAAAGCCAUCCGAAGAGUGGGACGAAAUGCUUCUUAAAUGCAAGGCCCCCCUUCAAGUUCUGAGUGGGAAAAAUAGUCAUGUGGAUGUGACUAGGAGUGCACCGUCGUUGAAAAAUCGGGGCGCUCAGAGUACACGAGACUCAAAAAGUGAUGAUGUACCUACUGCGAACGGGGCUGGUAUCGACGCUGGUGAUGAAGGAAUACGAGCAAGCAAUGGUUGUUGUAAACAGCCACGACAGGACGACGCGGUCGAGACUUCUUGCAAAGCCAGAACGCGGCAAGAAUCGCGUUCCGUAGUCGCUUCGCCUAGCUGCAUAGCCACCUCACCAGCAGUGCUUACGACCAUGAAAUCGUGCGUUUGUGGAUCAUAUUCUUUGGACGAACCGCGCCUAGUCGUCGUCAUCCCAUUUCUCGCGGACCAUCUAGAACGGUUACGGAGUUCUUGCUUGACGAUAUUAGGGGCUUCUCUCCCACCAGGACUUUUGACGGUCGCAAAUUUGCGGGAUGCAGUUCGGACUAAAUUUUCAGAACUACAAACACGAACAGCAACAGAAAAACCACGACUAGGGAGCUUUCGUAUUCGGUGUGAAAUUGCCCGCAAUGAGGGUUCGUCAUCAGGGGUCGAUUUCUCAGUUACUGUGGCGGCAUCAAUGUCAGAAACCGACUGUGCAAGAGACGCUGCGUGUGCUGCUGGGAUCCCGUUGCAAGUCAGAAACGUGGAAGCAAUAGAAACUAGACUAGAGGAAGAUAUGCUUGCACCACUUGUAAACUCUUCAGAUGGAGGAGCUUUAUGCAAAGACUCGCACUCGCCGUUUAUCCUAUCUGCUUGCGUCGAUCCCGAAGCGAGUGCAACGGAUAGCCUUGCAGCGCACCAUAAAACAAGCGAGCGGUCUUUGUAUGACCGCAGUCUUGAGCGCGUAAAGGAGACAGUUCUCGAACCGGAAAAUUCAGAUGCUGCUCAUGCAACGUUUGCAUCAUCCCUGCUUUGGAACCUUCGUGGUGAGAUAACCGAACUGCAUAUUGCCAACUUCGCUGUUGAAAUUGUUUCUGAUCUUGACAAUUAUGGUGGUGGUCACAGAAGCGUCUGGAUUACUCCACCACUCCGCAGCGGGCUACUUCCUGGCAUUGUUCGGAACCGCCUAAUCAAGCUAGGCCUCAUACAAGAGCGAGUCCUGACGCUGCCACAGCUGCGCGAGUUAGUACUUGUAAGAAAAAGCCGUUGCAUUGGGUUCAAUGCCCUCAGAGGAGUGUUUGCGGUCGAGUUGAGCUUUCCGCAUGUUAAGGCAGCUGCGAAGUCGAUAGGAAAACUGGAUACCUAAGAAAUUAACGGCCGGCUGAUCUAUUCAUGGCUGACGAAAAAUGCUGCCGCAGCGCCGUCUGCUUCUGCUACCAUUCACGCUCGCUCUCAAUGGACAUCCCGGCGUAACAUGAUCCUCUAAAAUUACAAGUCAAAGAAGAUCUUUUUCGGAAAGAGUCUUGCCCUAAAUUGGCGCGAAUCAAAGACCGUCCCUGCGUCGUUGCUAGGGAAGAUUUGGAGGACGGCUUAAGAAAAAGGUCGUGCAGAAGCAUGGGAUUGCCGAUUGCGCGACCACACGGGAAGUGAGUAGGAGUACACUUCGCAAUAUUUCUAAGCCUUUGCUGUAUUCCGCUUUUUCUCGUUGGAAAAACUCAGCUUCAACAUUGGCCACGAGGACUCUGUGGAGUCAACGCAGAUUUCAAUCCGAGCAUUUGACUGACUGUUCCAAGAUGAGGAUGAAAUCGACGAUGAUAUUCUUUGUGCAUUUUUGAUUUCGAGUUUUGUAUUUUUGUGUUUUCCUGAGCCUGACAUCGUCAUCGAUCUCGAACUCGAUCAUGUGGAUGUUCUUCUCAUAGCUCGUCAAAACUGCGAAAAAGUAAAAACUCUGGAUAUUCCUUGUAAGUACAUUCAGACGUCCUUCUUGGUUGAUGUUUCUAUCUAUCGAACAAUUGUUUCAUGAUGGAUUCUAGCUUCCGCGUGGACGCGGUGGAGGGCUCAGGACCAGCAAUCACG